AUGGCAGCUAAGUUCAUCGUACUCGCGGUUUUAGUAGCUGCUGCUCAAGGCAGCGGAAUCCACGGUGCUGACUACACCAGCUUCUCCUACGGAGUAGCAGACCCCCACACCGGUGACGUCAAGAGCCAGCACGAGACCCGCCACGGAGACAAUGUGGUCGGCCAAUACUCUCUGCUUGAAUCUGACGGUACUAGGAGGACAGUCGACUACGCAGCUAAUGCCCACACCGGAUUCAACGCCAUCGUACGCAAAGACCCAGCUCUCGUCGGACAUGUUGCCCACGCUGCCCCUCUUGUAGCCGCCCCUGUUGCUCACGCUGCUCCAGUCGUCGCCCAUGCCGCACCUUUGGCUUACGCUGCUCACGCUGCACCAGUCGCCGUUGCUGGACCCUCCGUAUCCUACUCUGCACACUCUACCUCUGUUAACCACGGAGGCGUAGCUGUUGCUGCCCAUGCUGCUCCUCUUGCCUACGCUGCACCCCUUGCCCAUGGUGCUUACGCCGCACCCUUGGCUCACGGUGCUCACGCCGCCCCCCCCCUCGCCCAUGGUGCUUACGCCGCACCCUUGGCUCACGGUGCUUACGCCGCCCCCCUCGCCCAUGGAUACGGCGCUCUCGCGCAUGGUGCCCACGGACUCGGCUUACAUUACUGA